AUGUCUACUCCAUCUACAGUCCUCAUUACCGGUGGAAACCGUGGUAUUGGUCGAGGUCUCGUUAAGACCUUCCUUGCCAAGCCUUUGUUUACUGUCAUUGUUGGCGUCCGCGAUCCCUCCCACCCAACCUCCAAGUCCCUCGGAGAUCUACCAAAGGGCGAAGGUUCAAAGCUUAUUAUUGUCAAGCUCGACUCCAGCGUCCAGUCUGAUGCUGCUGAGGCAGUCGCUGUACUCAAGAGGGACUACAAUAUCAACUCUCUCGACAUUGCCAUUGCCAAUGCCGGUAUUGCACUAGAUGGCGGACUGGUUCGUGAAACAUCGAUCGAUAAUAUCAACAAGCAUUUCGAGGUCAACACAAUCGGUCCUAUCGUCCUAUUCCAAGCCAUAGCAGACCUUCUACAGUCUAGCAGCAAUCCUACCUUCAUUGCCAUCUCAACCCUCAUUGGCUCCAUCGGCUCUAUGGAACAGCUGGUCGGACUCCCUGUUUCCGCUGGGAGCCCCUACGGUGGCAGCAAGGCCGCUUUGAACUGGUUCAUUCGUCGGCUCCACUUCGAAGAGCCCUGGCUGACCAGCUUUGUCUUUCAUCAACAGGAAUUUGUACUGCAGCAUGGAAAAGUGUUUAGCACACUUCCUAAGUCCGAAAGCAACUUGGGAUGCAACUUUCAGGUCUACCGAUAA